CAUCCAAACAAGAUACGUAAAUAAUUAAGCAAGGAAGUGCACUCUCUUCUUUGGAAAACUAGACAACCACAGGAAUGGUUGCAACUCCUCUAAAAACUUUUGCUUCUCACUCCAUCCAAACAAGAUACGUAAAUAAUUAAGCAAGGAAGUGCGCUCUCUUCUUUGGAAAACUAGACAACCACAGGAAUGGUUGCAACUCCUCUAAAAACUUUUGCUUCUCACUCCAUCCAAACAAGAUACGUAAAUAUUUAAGCAAGGAAGUGCGCUCUCUUCUUUGGAAAACUAGACAACCACAGGAAUGGUUGCAACUCCUCUAAAAACUUUUGCUUCUCGACUUGAAAUACAUGCAGAGGCUACAAAAUGAUAAAAGUCCUGAAAUACUAUCGUAGGACGAUUUGCAAGAUAAAAAGAAAUUGCACGGUUUGUUCUUCAGAUGGGCUGGUCUUUAAUUUUUAUCCUUUAAAAUCGAACUUAUGCCUAGUGGAACAUAAAUUCUUUAAGGGCACUGACAUAACUUGUGGGAUAUUAUGAUGGGAAGAUAUAAAUUAUGUCCCGCGAAAAAGUAGUAUGCCUUGAGGGAUAAAAAUUAAAGACCAGCAUAAAAUAGGAACAAAAGUGCAAAUAAGAAGGAAGUUAGAACGGGCCUUUAUGAACAGAAGUUGAAGCCCAUCCCAGUCAAAUCCAUGGACUCGUCCAGCGGUUUAAGCUGAAGCCCAGCCCAGUUAAUUGAAGGAGAAGGAUUGGUUGAGUUAAGAGUGUUUCUAGUUGCAGUGAUAAUCAACACACAUCAGGAAGAUAGAUAAUGAAGGUGGGUGGUGGAGUUGGUUUCGGAUGUCCACGCGCCGUCGCAUUUCCUGGCAUUUUGUUUGGCCGUUGUAGACCAGCAGCAUUCCGAUGCUAUUCUUCUUCUUCCUCUCCAGACCAUGUUUCGUUUAUCAAAGAUGUGGCUGCAACUCAACCUCCGGAGCAUUUGAAUGAACUUCUCAAAAUACUUCAGGUGAGAGGUGAGGAAAUAAUUUCACCUGGUGCCAAGCAAGGUCUGAUUCCUCUAGCGAUUCCUCUUUCCAGAAAGAGUUCAGAUUCUGUAACUGCACUGUUACGAUGGCCAACUGCCCCAUCUGGGAUGGAGAUGCCAUUGGUAGAAGUGCGCAAGUAUGGUGUGUGGCUAUUAGCUAAGAAUGUAGAUCAGUACAUUCACAGGGUUUUGGUGGAACAAGAUGCAGACGGUCAUCAAGAAAGAGCGGAUGAAUUGUUCCAGAUUUCAGCUGGUGCUGGAAAGAAACUUUAUGAGAAGGGUGACUUUAGAGCAUCAAACAUUUCAAGCUUAGAUACUUAUAUAUUGAAGAAGGUCGGCUUGUUUCCAGACGUACUGGAGCGCAGAAUUAAGCAACAUUUUGACAAUGGAGACAAUAUUUCAGCUUUGGUGACGGGAGAAUUUUAUACAAAGAAGGAGCAUUUUCCAGGAUUCGCGCGUCCUUUUGUCUUUAAUGCUGAAGUUCUGCUGAAGGUUGGGCGUAAUGUAGAAGCUAAAGAUGCUGCUAGGGGGGCUUUAAAAUCACCAUGGUGGACUCUGGGUUGCGAGUACCAUGAAGUUGCUAAUAUGGCUGAAUGGGAAGAUGAACAAAUCGAGUACAUCAAAGAGAAAGUAACUGAGGAGGGUAGGCAAGCCGAUUUGAAGAAAGGGAAGCAACCUGCUCAGGUUGCACUGGAUGAAGCUGCUUUCUUGUUGGAUCUAGCUUCCGUCGACGGUACAUGGGAUGACUGUGUGGAAAGAAUUGCUGAAUGCUACAAGGAGGCAGGGCUGCAGGAAGUUGCAAACUUUGUGGUUUACAGAGACUGAAUUACCAGCAACUUUGCCGCAUAUUAGACGUGUUACACGAAACUCCCUAUGAUUCCUAGUUAUUGGCCUAUCCAGUUUUGGCUCUAGCAGAGUGUAUUCUAAUUCUUUCCGGUAUAAGAACAAGAAGCGACUUUACAGCAGUCCUUUUAAAUACGCACACUCAUUGUGGUCUCUUCGCCCACACUGCGGUCAAUUGUAAAAGACAACAACAUACCCAUUGUAUUCCCACAGGUGGGGUUUGGGGUCAAUUGUAAAAGACCAAAAACGAAAAACUAUAAGGACAAUAAAUAGCUUGUGUUGAAGUUGAAGCAGA